CGGCUUGCAUUGCAUAUACGGCAGCUUUGUGAUCUUUUCCUUUGCCAUGAAGUUCGGGACCGUCGAAUUUAUUGAAUUGAAUAUCAAGAAACGCGUUCAAAUCGGACUCGUUUACAUCGGAUUCGGUUGAGAUCUGAAGAUGGAGGAGAACCGAGUGAGAGCUGUUCAAGGUCUUCUGAUCAAGGCUUGGAGGGAGAGAUGGGCUGACUUUCAAUGGAGCACCAAGCUCAAGCAAUAUAUCGUAUCUGGAUCAGCGGAAGAAGCCAAUCAAAUUGCAGAGAUGCUUUUGACCCAGACGUUUGUAGGUCCUUCUCCAAGCAGCCUUAUCCUGUCUUAUCUCAAACAUGCCAUUAUGUCAGAGGUUGUAUCAUUACCUGGGGUGCUGAGUGCUAUGACAAAGUACAGUGACACUGCAGUCACCAGGCCAUACUGUAUGAGAAGCCUUCUUGAAAUAUUCAUAUUCUGCAUGAACAAGCUGGGGGUUCGGAGUACAGUAGAGGAAGGUCUCCAGCUGAGUAUCGAGCUCCUGGAAGUGGUUUACUGGCUCCUGACCUCCAUCACCCAAUCCCUGGACCACCUCCAGUCGGAAUCCCGCGACAUCCUGACCAUCUCCCGCAACGUUGACUACAUGAGCGAUCUUCUGCGGAAGAUGUGCAGCAGGGACAACCUCAAGCUCCUGCUCUACAUAGGGAGACUGGAGGACGAGGGGGAAUGUCUUGCCAAGCUGGAAGCAGCAACAACUGCAGUAGCAGGUCCAGCAGGAGUGGUAGGUGGAGGGUCUUCAGCGGUAGCGGCAGCAGCAGCUGCUGCAGCAGGGUCAGGGUCAGGUGAAGCUGGUGGAACAACAUCAUCCUCCACACCUGCUACACCAACUAGUACAGCAGCUGAACCAGAGAAGGAAGCACCAAAACCUAUCACUCUAUGGACUCGGAUUGAGACUGCCAUGACCGAGUUAACGACGCUCAUAAACAGUGUCUCUGGUCAACCACCUGUUAGUAUGCAACAGAGACAGCAAAGUACUCUUGAGCACCUGCUAUCCAGGACACCUCAACAUUCCACCAAGAAAGAUGGCAAAGCAGAUUCGCUGAAGGUGAAGCUAGAAAAUAACUUGGCUGACAUUGCAAGAAUACCCAUGUGGACCCUUCACACCAGACCAAUAAGCCGUUGUGAGAACACACUCGGUUUGAAGUCACUGUGUUGUAGUGUGAAUGUGAUGACCUUCAUGGAAGCAGCUCUCAAUCUUACCAGUGACAUCCAACUCUUUGUAGAUCAACUACUCCUGAUGGAGAGAUUACAAAAUCUUCCUCGUUCUGCAAUCUACCGAGAACUCCUCCAUGCAAGCUUCCUAGGAUUAGUCGAAGACAGCGAUCCCACCGAGGAGAUCAAAUGGGUUGCUUUUACUUUUCUCAAGCUUCCUCAGAUCAUCCAGCGUCUCCAGCAGAGCAUGGCCGAUGACACCUGCUCGGAAGCCUUGGUCGAAGGUCUUCACUACCUCUUGAAGUUCUAUGUCCUUCUGGAUCUUGUGGACACCAAGCAACGUUGUGAUGCCAUCAAGCAGCUCCUGGGCCAACUCUCCGCCUGCGGGGUCCUCAACGAAACCCAGAUCAAGGAGAUCACAACUGCUAGAUCUACUACGAUCAAACACGCGAGACCAACUGAUACACAGCAGCCUGUUUCUCUUGUUGUCAUGGUAACCAGAGCGGAACCACUCAUCAAUUUUAUCAAGGCUGAUGUGAAGAAUCAAGACGAGAUGUUGGUUUUGCUUGGUCACAUGAAAGCAGGGAAGAGUUUUGAUUACAUGGUCGCUGCCGCUGCAGCCAGGAGUAAACUACGCAAGUUCUCUGCCAAACUGAUCAAAAUUAACGAGAUAGCAAAGCAGUCAAGCGCUGAGAAUGCAAAGGCAUCUCAAGUCCGAGCGGUCAUCUUUGAUCUGACGUUCCUCAUGUUAUGUCGUAUUGCCCAGCUAUAUGGCACUGAGAUGGUAGUAUCAAGUAGCGGUGAUUCUUUCUUUGAGACCUGGGUGCAUCAUUGUAUGCCUGAUGAUACUGGUACCAAACCUCUCAGUGGAAUGACUGCUGCCGAUCCUAACAAGAUUGAUAUGCUACUCAACCAGUACCAUACCGGGAUGGAGUUCAAAACAGCUCAAGUCCGUUGGAGUGAGGUGUGUUUAGCUAUCCCUUAUGCCAUCCAGCAUCUUCUACAUGCAUGGGAAUAUGGAGCAGUCAGCGAAGAACAUGUAUCAAAACUGGUGGAUAAUCUAAAGGGGCGUGUCUGUUGUCUGCCGAUCUGCUGUGUUGCGUGGCUGUGCAGUCACAUGACUUCCUUGUCAUCCAAUGAACGUAGCAAGGCCCACAGGCUACUGCAGAUGAUGAUGACAUCAUCAACGAACAGCGCCACCUCCCUGCAGAUGUACGAUACUGAAAGGAACAGCCUCAUGACCACGAUCGUGAAGAAGAUGUCGACGUCGGUCCUCGGCAGCGACUCCAAGAUCCAGCGGGAACCUGCCUCUGUCGUUUCAUCCGGCCCCGCCCUUCCCCCCGAGCCAAACACGCCCUCCCUGGAGACCCUCUCGGCCACCUUCAAGGCCAUCGUCCAGAGGGGCGUGGUCGAUAAGAAGAGCCUGACCACCAUGGAUGCUCUGCUGACAAGUGGGGGCGCCCUUUGGUUCUGCAGAAGCAUCGUCCUGGAGCUGACUUCGCUUCACAGGAAGGAUGACCUCACGACUGCAGUUGAGAUUGCUGUGGCUCUCUUCCAAGUGGACAUCGAACAGAUGACCUUGACCCUUCUUCGUAGGGUCAUUCCUCGUCUCCUAGCCGACCUGUCGAACAUUGACCGUUUGUCUAAUCCUCGCGGCAAGGCCCUGGCUAAGCUGGUGGUCUGGUGUAUAGCAGCCACGUUGACCAGUCAGAACAGUUUUAGAGAUUCCAAGUCUAAGGAGAGUCCGUCAAGAGUCAUAAGAGGGCGCAAGAGAGGACGAGGAGACACUGAACGAGAGGAGUCUAUGAGCUUUAAAGAAGAGAACCGUCCCUCUAAGCUGAGGAAGCUUCUAAGUACUCCUGAAGAGGAUGGAACAUCUACUCCUAUCCCAGCCGGAAGUGUCAAUGUGAGUACGGCAAACAGCAACUUCCUAGUGAUGCAGUCCCAACAGCAGUAUGUAGAACCACUCCAUGUUGCUCUUGUCUCUGCAUUCAGACUCUUUGCAUCUAUCCUAGCAUCUGGUAUCAUCAACCCAAGGACAGAGUUCAUCCUAUCCUUUGUCCAGGAGGUCCUGUACUGCGGGGAAACCAUCAGCACCAACGUCCUUCAAUUCAUGCCUGUUACCAUGGCUACACACCUUCUCAACACCCUCUCUGGAGUCUUCAUGCAGGAUUUGGCCUUGGCCAUUGGCCAGCUAGAAGGACCCACACCAAGGAAGAUGGCUGCUAAAGCUCUUUGUCAAACUAGGAGAUGAUAGACGAUCCUGCCCGGACCGACUUUACCGUGAAGGCCAUUGUGCUAGGUGCCCCAGGACCAACGUCUGAGGAGAUGGAUACUAAAACUCUAUGUCACACAAG